AUGGCAGACGCUGCUGUUGAAACAACAAAUAAUGAUGAUAAUGAUGAUUCUUGGUUGUAUGGCGAAUCUAACACUGACCAAAAUGAAGAUGCCGAAGGGCAACAGAAAGCUCCUGAAACUGGUAAACAACAAACAACUUCUAUAGGUGAAACUGGGGAGCAAGAAGAUAAAGAACCAGAAGAAGAAGGUAAUGAUGAUUCACAUUUUAAUGAUGAACAUUUUGGUGAAGUGGAACGUGAGGAAGGUGGCGAGACAAAUGGAGAUGCCGAUAGUCAAGACAAUGGAGAUUCUGACUCUGAUGAUAGCGACGAUGUCAAAGUUACUAUUGGAGAGAUUAAGUCUGGCCCUCAGGCGUAUGCUAGCUUAAAUAUUAAGCGAGGAGUUGGAUUAGUAGCAUCAGGUGGUGAGAAAACACGACCAGGCCCCACAGCUGGCGGCAAAGUCAAUCUUGAAGAUCUCGAGGGUCCUGGUAGCAUUAAUGGAGUGCCAGCACUUGAGUUUAACAUUGACACUAUUGAAGAUAAACCAUGGAACAAACCUGGUGCUGAUAUCUCAGAUUAUUUCAAUUAUGGUUUUAACGAGGUUACAUGGAGUGCUUAUUGUGAGCGACAGAGGCGUAUGCGGGUCAACGAAGCAGGUGUCGGCUUGCAUGUUGGACCCACUGCACCUGAAAUGAGAAGACCCACAGGUCCUGUAAGACAUGAUGAUGGGCCACCUCCAAUGCAGAAUAAUUAUCAAUCAAGAGAAAAUACAAUUCAGGUGAUGACUGCCGAGCGCCGCGAGUACGGUCGAGGCACGGGAGCUCCACCCACGGAUUACUUCCAACCGCCGGAACACUUUUACCCACCUCAUAACUAUCAGGAGCCAGUCUGGGGGGCACCCGAACAGACCGGAUGGGCGCCUACUGAAAUAAAGGAGCUGACUCCCGGUCCCAUGGCUCCUCCGGCAAUGGUGCCUCCGAUAGGAGUUGCGCCCACCAUGGCUCCGCCCCAUAUGGGCGCUCCGCCGCACCCGAUGGGAGCUACAUUUUCCCCAUAUAGGCCGCAUCCUCCGCCCAUGCACGUUCAUGACCGCGAACGUGAUCGUGAUAGAGAUCGUGAUCGCGACCGUGACCGCGAUCGCAUUCGGGAACGUGAAGAAAGAGACCGUCGCGAGAGGGAUAGAAGAGAAGAGGACGAAAGAGAACAUCGGGAAAGAUCGCGAUCAAUCAAACCGGAUAGGUCUCGUGAAAAAUCCUACAGACGUGAAAGGUCCCGAUCGAGAUCCCGCCGCCACAAAUCUAGGUCACGGUCACCGCGACCACGUGAGCGCUCUCGUGAUCGUGACCGAUCACGCGAUCGUGAACGUAGUAGUAAACCUAAGUCUAAGGAAUCUAAGGAAAAGGAGGACGAUAAAUAG